GGAACCCGUAGGUACAUGCUUUCACGUGUUGUGGAACCGUUCAGUUGAACGUUAGCACGCUCGUUCGUCUACCGUAGAUUUCUGUAACUGUCUUUCUGUGUAAGUUAAGAUCGCAGGACCUGCUCGGCGUAGACGCAACUGACGUCCGGGUGUGCGGGUAUUAGUUAUUGAGUACUGUUGCUCUGAGACACCCAAGAGACUGUAGGCAACCGCCAACUAAUAUAGACUCCUCUUUUUGAGAAGACUUGUGCACUGCGAAAGCUCCACUGCAACGUGUCAGGGAUAGUAUCCUACUUUGCAUCUAACUGAACAGAUAAAAAAAAUGGAGGGUUUUCCUGUGCUCCUUUUUACUGCCUGUAUGCUACUUGUCUCUGGGAAUCGACUGAAUGACCGCACCCAGCUGUCUGAUUUCCUGGACACAUGUAUGGACGCCCAGAGUCAUAAAUCUAAACCAGGGCCUGAAGACUCACUGCAUGCAGAGUGCACGCCCUGGAAGAACCGAGCUUGUUGCCACAAGAAGACUACGGAGGAGCUCCACCAGAAUGCCACCUGGUACAAGUUUACCUGGGGCCACUGUGAACCCUUGUCUGACAUGUGUAAGAGAUAUUUUGUCAGGGAUCUCUGCUUCUAUGAAUGUUCACCCAAUGUUGGCCCUUGGUUGGUACAGGAAAGUCGCACAUGGCGCAAGGAGAGAAUGUACCAUGCUCCACUUUGUGAAACUGAUUGCAAUACUUGGUACAAUGAAUGCAAAAACGAAAAGACGUGUUUAGAUAACUGGUCCAAUGGUGGAUUCAAUUUUUCCUCAGGUGUUAACACAUGCCCAACUGGUAAACCGUGUAAACCAUUCCACGAAAUUUUUGGGAACGCCACCAAUUUUUGUGAAACAAUAUGGGAUGGAUCUUGGAAAGUCACUCCAGAUGAUAAACCGUGUAUGAAAAUGUGGUUUGAUGCUACAAAAGAAAACCCCAAUGAUGCAGUUGCCAAGCAACGGGCAAUGGAGAUUCUACAGAUUUCAGGGGUCACGAAUUUGGCUUCUUCUUUUGUUUUCAUUAUAUUUGCUGUUUUGAUAGCUACACUGGUUUAGAAAUUGCAAUUUUUUGGAUAAAUGUAGAUGUCAUUUGCUAUACUUUGGGCAAUAUUUCCAUUUGGCUUUGAGGCACUUGAUUAAAACUUAAGUAACAAGCUAGGAUAUUUGUUUGUCCAUUUGAUUUUUUAAGCUGCUGUUGUGAUUUUAAAAGUUUUUUAUGAACAGUGGAUCCAUUUAAUGGAUAAGUAUAACUGCAUAUCAAAAGAUGUUAAAUGUGUUGAUGUGUCAUUGUUAAUUAUUCUAAUUAUAUACAUAUGUAAUAUUCUGCCAGUUUAUUGAUUGGCAGUAGAUUGGUCAUCCAGAAGUAUAUAAUGUGAUUUUAGUACUUAAAAUCUAUUACUGGACCUGCAGUUCAGUUAGCUGAUGUUGCAUUCCUGGAGCUGUUCACAACAAAUUUUGUCAACCAUGCUAAUGCACACUAAUUCCAUAAGGACUCUCGCUGAGUUUAAUCUGAUUAACAGAUUUACAUGCCUCCUGGCAUUGAAUAGAAUAUAGAAAAGUUGGUGAUUAUACAAGUGCUUUUGAAACACGGGGAGUUUGUCUAGGGAGAUACAAUGUCAUCAACUAGACUAAUUUAAAUGUCCAGUAAUAGGAUUUAAUAAACUUCUUUAUCAUGGAGCAGCUUGUAUAUCUUGGUUGCACAGUGUUCAAAAGCUUCAUGACAUUCUUAGUGAAAAUUGAUCUUAGCGGAUUAAAUAACCUUAGUUUCCAAAUUGAUGAAGUUGAUGACCCUAUAUUACUUAUGCCAAAACUACUAUAAAUGAUUACUGAUAUAUAAUCUGCCUCAAUAAUUGGUCACUUGCCUAAAGCUUGUUACUCUAAUUUAUUCAUGGGUGCUUAAAAUUCUAUUGUGUGGUAUGCAAAGCAGUGAACUGUUGUUUUUAAAUUAGGGCAUUGUAUGUUAAUGAGCAUCACACUGUAACAACCUCUAGAAUCAUGAUCAGCUAGCCAGCAUCAAGUUAAGGAGACAUUAGAUUCACAAAUGUUGUAUGGUAACACAAAAGUGUUCAUGUUGUGUAAAUAUAUCUUGUAUUUGAAUUUAUACUGUGUGUGUGUUAAAACAAAAGCUGUAUGUUAUUAAGUAUAACAGUUAUUUCAAUAUCUAUUUCGUAAAUUGAUUGAUAUAUAUAAGUAAGGAUGGACUUUUAUAAUGUUUAACAAAGUAUUUGCUUUAGCCAUGUUUGCAAAUAGUUAUUUAUAUAAUAAAGUCAUUUAUUUUAUGAAACAGUUUGUUCAAACGCAUUAGUUGAAGGCUGAAACAUUUUAGUUUUGGAGGUAUAUUUAGUUACUGAUCAGUGACAGUAUAAAAAUGUGAUUUACAGAGAGAAAUGAACUCGUAACAACUGCCUGAAUAAUCUGCAUUAAAUUGCAGACUUGAUAAUCCUGGUUUCCUAUCAUUUGUCUUCCAUAAAUAUUUAUACCACGAAUCUUAUCAUGACCAAACAAUUUAGCUGGAGUUCAAUGAAUGUGGAAAAUGUAGCGUAUUAUUGGACACAAGAUAUUAUGUAGUUGUUAUUGUUAUUUCUUCGUGAAAAAACUACACCAUUGUUAGAUUUGGUUGACAAAGCUCACAAUGUUUUGUCAUUUAACUUAUCUUUAUGUGUAUGUUUUUGUGUUACCACUUUAAGAUUGGAUUUUAGUUGAGUAGAUUUUGAAGAUAAUUUAUUUAAUAUUUAUUUAUUUAUUUAUUUUAGUUUGCAUAAUAUUUGAUGCACAAUUUACUCACUUACAGGUAUUCUGUGAGGGAUUUUUUCGUACAAAAUAUAAGUUACCUCUUGAAAAAAAGUGAUUUUCUCCUGUUAUUGAAUCAUAGCUCAACUGUCACUUGUCCCUUAAUACUACAGGCCAGUUGACAGAUAAUCAAUUCCAUACAUAAUUUUCCUCUGGAUAGUACAGUACAGGAAAGUGCAUAGAGUAAGCUAGAGACAUGUAUGUGAAAAUCUGGUGAACAAUCAAUCUAUGGCCAUGGUACAUAGAGAGUAAGAAAUGUUGAUAUCUGGUGCUUUUAUUUUAGGGGUUAUGUUGUUUUAAAAAGGGAUGAGAUUUUUUCCGACUUUUAGCAGAUUUCCGACUUUUUGGGUGGUGUUGUAGUACUGAAAUUUUCCGGACUAUAAGAAGAUUUGUGCAUUUAUUGUCUUUAUUGGAAAUAUGAUUAGCUUUGCAAUAUAUUUAGACAUAAAAUAUGACUUUGGGUCUUUUUCUUUUUGACUUUUCAGUAGUGUCCUUUUCAGCAUUUCUGUACAAGGUUUACAACAAAUUAUUUACAAGAAAAAAUGUUUUUUAAUGAUUGAUAUUGUUCUGUAAAAUUUUGUUAGACAAUUUGUGUUU